CAUUUUAGCAUGAAUGAGGUCAUAUGCUACUAAAGUACUACUUACACUAGGAAACUGAGAUGAAUUGAAAGUAGCACAGCUAAAAAAGGGAAGGCAACAGGUGUUUUGUUAGAUAGCAGAUAUUGGCUUUUUUUACAUCUACAGAAUAACUGAUACUUCAUCCUAAAAAUUGUUACGAAUUUGCAAGUUUCUACUACUGAGUAUCAGUAAGUCCCAGUGUUCCUAAUUUAGGGUAUGUUCCUUUAAGGUGUUUUGGUGAAUAAAGCAUGAUACCCUCUUCUAGCAUAUCACCAGUUUCAUAAUGUGAUACAGGAUUGAAAGGACUUUGCUUGGGUACCAGGUAUCUGAUGGCUAAAAGUAUGCUGGAAACGAAGCAGGGCUGACUGUGCUUCUGCACAAAAACUCUGGAGUUAUCAGCAUUCUUUACUUUUCACAGGGAUUACUGUAAGAUACAUGUGCAGCCUGUUAUACAGAAGUAUUUUUUGUGUUGCAAUACAUGAGAGAGUAAUUUUCUUAGAUGCACAGAUUUUAGUCACCUACUUAGUAAAUAAGAGAAGUGGGAUUUAUCUCUACCCAAAAGUUACAAUGCCUUUGAAUAUUAAUUUGAGCAAGUCAUGGAGAAGAAGCAUCCUGGACUUCAGUUUCCCCAAUGUUUAAAAUAGAGAUCUUCCCUAGUUUAUUGUUAUAAUUUAGAGAACCUUUUAAAAUGUACUGUUUAAAUCCAUAUUGCUGGGAGUUUCAGCACCGCAGCCCCAAUAAUAACUAGGUGAUAAAACUGUUGCAGUCAAAUCAUUCAUCCUGAUGCUUCUAAUAUGAUGUUCUGUAUACAGAGCUCUAUAAUAUUCUCACAUUUUAAAAGUAGGCUACCUUCCAUAAAGUAGUAGUUUCAGGUGACUAAUCAUUGGGUAAAGUACAGAACUGAUAUUUAAAUGCAAAUCAGAGGCCUUUUGGUUUGUGCAGUUUUGGUAUCUUAGCACAUGAUUCACAGCUUUCAGAAGCAGCACACCCGUUAGAAGAGGAGUGUGCAUAUGAAGUAAAGUACAGGUGGUUCCCCCUUCUUUUGUAAAGUGCGUAUAAUAAUAAUACAGACAACUAGAAACACUGACAUUUUAAAAACAUGCAUACAAUGGAUAGAAACCAUAAAAUGAUUAUGAACUCAAUUUUCAAACAUACUAUUUAAGCUGAGUACAACUGAGGUGUCAGUCUGGAAAUGUGGAGCGUCAGAGCCAUCUGAAAAAAACAUCCCUGUGCUAUUCAGACAUAAUUUCUGUCCACGACCCUUACUGUCAUGGCUAUUGAAGAUUUUGCAUGUCUUCAGAUUUUACUUAGCGAGCCUUUUUUAGGCUUUAAGGCUUUACUGUAAUGGCAUCUAAUGAAGGCACUCAUACCACCUAAAUACCACCUGUCCAUACAAAGCAGAAGAGGAUCUUGGGAUCUGGGGGAAUCUGGAAUUCUGUGGAAACUGAAGCAGAAUAUGUUUAGUGAUUUCACUGGAGCCAGGAUUUUCUGUGUCUUCAAACAAAUACUGUCACAGUAAUAGGACCUGGACCUGGAGAUCAAUAUCAACUGCUGAUGGUAUUGAGCCGUAGAAUGUUAUUUGCAGUAAUAGUUGUGAUCAGAGACAAAUCUCUUUCCCUCCUCCUUUGGAAGGAGACGUAGGGAGGAACCCUCAGUCUUUUCAGAAAUACAUCAAGAGAAGAGAAAAUGGUCAGCAUAGUCCGGGGCACGGUCCUGCUUUUCACUAGCUCUCUGGGCCAGAGCCCGUAGCCUGCUCCGAAAUCACACUGCAGUUAGAAAGGCAGCCUCACCAGAUACCUAACUAAUGGUGUAGCUGUCUGAUACCCUCCUGGGUCAUUGCUGGGGGAAAUGCAGUGUGGGUAGAAUAUCUUUGCAGUUUAGUCAUUUCGAAGUAUGAAAAAGGUCUUUUGAGGCCACAAGGGCAACUGCUGGCUUCCUGAGAUCUGCACUGAUUAGAUCAAUGCUGGGCUAGGGCCAGAAGGUGAGAGGGCAGGAAGGAUGAAAAUUUGACUUCAGAUCUUCACGUCUCUAUUUGUCAUGCAACCUCUCUAGAUCUCAGCUGAGCCAAGAGAAACUAGCAAUGUGCCUAUACAGGAGAUCUGGGUUAGAUAAACCUUUUCCAUUUGAAAUUUAAAAAUAUAAAAUAUACCUUCAAAAUACAUUUUGAAAUAUAAAAGGAGAAGCCCCUUUUCAAGCACAGAACAAUAAAUGUAAAGAUAAUCUGUAUAAUCAUUCCGUAAUUUUUCUCCAUUUGUUUUAAUGACUGUGAUAGCAGUCAAUCGAAGAAGUCACAUAGGCAGUACUUGUGCAUGACACAGCUACAGAAAAUAAAAGUUUAAGCUGAAGAAAAUACGUCUUGUGAUACUUAAAAGAUUUGUCUAUUCAUUGCUUGCUUGUGGUUUCAAAACUGACAAAAGCUAUCUGAAAUUGCACUAGGAAAUCCUCGGAGUUCAGUCAAAUCUCUGAUUUAGUCAGCUUCGGCUAUCACUGCCAUCCCCAGCCCAUCUAUAAAUACAUCUGCUUUCACAGCCUACACAUUCUGAAAUUUGCCCGUUGCCUCCUCAGAAGUGUGGGGCCAUUGUCUGCUGUUAGACAAGCCCAGCUUGACCCAGGCCAACACGAACCUAGCCUGACAGGCCAAGCCCAUCCCUCGUUGUUAGCUUUGAUAGUUGCUGCUAUCAUUUGAUAGUUCGCUUGUAGCCAGUCCAAGUUGGCAGUGUCAGCCCAAGCUGAUUGGAGCUGCAGACAUUUUUGCUGACUGGAGUCAUGCUAUCUUUGCCAGUUUGCUGGAAUAGACACAGACACUGAUUGGGUCAUGCUGAAAACAUUCCUGUCCUAUGAAGCAAGUCUGUUUGUAUUUUAGGUUUGCCAGAACUAAUGAAUUAAAAAUCUUGGGCUCGCCACAGUUUGCUGCUUAAUAAUGCUUGUGACAGAAGGAUUUUUUCCUCCCUGAAGUGUGACAGCAUCAUAAUCCCUCGUCACUGGCAAGGAGAGGAAGGAAAAGCGGAAUUGUGGAGAAAAGUGGAAAAGGGUGAUCUUUUGGGACAGCAAAGCCUAUGGGAAGUGCAGGUAGCAGCAUGUUGCCCUGACAGCUGUCUCAGCUUCUCAGACCUUGUCAGUUUGUUGCUAUGCAGCAGGUGCAGCCUUUUCUUUUAUUGAAGCUUUACUCCAUAAAGGCAACGACAAGCCAAGGCAGUGGCUGGCCCUGGAUUAUACAAGUGCAGACACUCGGCUAAGUGAGGGUUUCAUCUCAGUAAAGCCACUUUUUGGAACUGGUCUCAGAAGAAAGACUGAGGACUGAAUAAGGUCCCAAUCCAGGAGUCAAACCCAUGCAGACAGACCCCUUCACCUGCACAGAGUUCCACUGAAGAAUCACCAUCAAGCUGGAACAAACAAGUAAAAGCAUUGACUCAAGUGCCCACAUGAUCACCACCGCCAGGGUACCUGCUGAUAAGCCAGUACGAAUUGCCUUCAGCCUGAAUGACUCCCCAGAUGAUGCUUCGUCUGAAAACUUCCCUUUGGCAUUUCCAGAACUAGAUCAGCAGCUGCAGCCACUGCCUCCUUGUCAUGACUCUAAGGAAUCUAUGCAGGUGUACAAACAGCACUGCAAAAUAGCAGAAGAGUACCAUGAGGUCAAGAAAGAAAUUGCUCUGCUGGAAGAAAGAAAAAAGGAGCUGAUUGCCAGGCUGGAACAAGUGGAAAAAGAAAGCAUGGAUGCUGCUCAGCUGGCUAAGGAGUACGCAGAACUGACAGAGGAGAACCGAACACUGAAGCUGGCCCAAACGCAGUGUGUAGAACAACUGGAAAAGCUCAGAAUACAGUACCAAAAAAGACAGGGGUCCUCAUAACUCUCAACUAGCUUAUGUGAGGCAGUUAAUACAGGAUUGGUCCUGUGCUGGAAAGAGAUUUUAAAAUAAAGGUCUGUUUAAUAUGUUAUAAUACUUUACUACAGAUACAGAGUAUGUAGAAGUCUAUAUUUGAUUUAAUGCUUGCUAGCCAGAAGCUUAAUAUAAUGGAUAUUUCAUCCAUUAUAUAAUGGAUAUUUUAUUUCAAGUAACAUAAUUGAAGUUAAUAUAUCCCCAUUAUAUGUUCUAGUAGAUCAGGUUUCUUUUCUAAACAUAUUUCUUCCAAUUUAAGAAGAUAUGGCCAUGCUAGAAAAUGAUAUAAAUAGUUUCUGUGUUGGAAAUUUGGAUCAUACUAAGGCAUACAGCAGGACAAUGUUAAUAUAUGGAAUACAUGUAUGUUAAUUUUAGUUUGGUGAAGAUUUUUUUAAUUAUUUUCCUCAUGCCUAAAGUGUUUGGAAGUUAUCUUAAAACAGAUCUCCUCACUGGUAAAAACUAUACUUCAUUAUCCCAUGUCAAUUUUACAUUGUUGUAUAAAAUCUGAUAAAUUAAAUAUGGAAGUAACAUAAUUAUUUUUUAUUUAAACAAGUGUACUGCCAGUAAUAAUUUGCAAGUUAUGAAAUUAAAAGGAAACAGGUAAGAUCAAACUUUCCUUCCUCAAGCGUGAAGAUAGCUUGAGAGUCUUUUAAUUGUACUUUUUGGCGUGCAAGAAAUGAAGAAUUAAUAUAAGAAUACUACCAUCAUGGUUUCAACUGAGAAUAUGUCAGUAAAAAAACUGUGAGGAUAUUUGGUUCUUAUUUUCUGGUCUGUUUUGAAACAUAAGUGGCUGUAAGUAGGGACAAGAGUUCCAUGAUACACAAAUAACCUGGAAGUAAAAUGUUAGUUUUACUUGCUCUAUUUAUCCCUGUAUUUUCCUAGAUCAACAGAAAAUUCUUUGUUAUACUUCCAUUUCUAUUCAUACAGUAUUUUUUUCAUUAAAAGUGGAUAUAGAAAAGCCAUUUUAUGUUCUGAGUGUUCUUAAAUCACCCUGUAUUUUUAACUCUGCUUGACAGAUGCUGCUUGUUACAUCUUCAUGAGGUUGGAAUUCAGCUUGAUGUGUCAUUAGUACUGAAAUGUGUCUUGUUAAUUGAAAAUUUUGAACUUAAGGCUUUUGACAGAACUUUAUUAUCACUGAUCUAUUAUAAAAAUGGGAUUUUAUGUUAAUCGGAACAAUUCCUGGGGAAGUCUUCUGGUACCAAAAUGUUACCCAGUAGUAUCAGCAACAAAGGGGACAAAAAAGUACAAGCUGCCCUUUAACUCUUUGUGCUACCUGCCUACAGAAUUCCCUGCAGCACAGGCACGAGAACAGGCUCUGCGUUACUACAGGCACCUGACUUUGCAGUAGGAGAGUAUGUGGAGGCAGUGGGAGAGGACAGCCUUGUCGCCACUUCUCCUCCUGAGCCGCCGGAGCAGGGCUAUGUGCAUGCCCAGCAUUG